GUGACCUGGUCUUAGAGCAAGACAAUCACCAUCUGAAUUCCAGAAGCCCUGUUCAUGUUUGGGGAUAUUUUUUCGACUGCAUGGAAUCAGAGAGAAGCCAAAGGAUGGGAAAUGCCUGCAUCCCCCUGAAAAGAAUUGCUUAUUUCCUAUGUCUCUUAUCUGCGCUUUUGCUGACUGAGGGGAAGAAACCAGCGAAGCCAAAAUGCCCUGCCGUGUGUACUUGUACCAAAGAUAAUGCUUUAUGUGAGAAUGCCAGAUCCAUUCCACGCACCGUUCCUCCUGAUGUUAUCUCAUUAUCCUUUGUGAGAUCUGGUUUUACUGAAAUCUCAGAAGGCAGUUUUUUAUUCACACCAUCGCUGCAGCUCUUGUUAUUCACAUCGAACUCCUUUGAUGUGAUCAGUGAUGAUGCUUUUAUUGGUCUUCCACAUCUAGAGUAUUUAUUCAUAGAAAACAACAACAUCAAGUCCAUUUCAAGACACACUUUCCGGGGACUAAAGUCUUUAAUUCACCUGAGCCUUGCAAACAACAAUCUCCAGACACUCCCAAAAGACAUUUUCAAAGGCCUGGAUUCUUUAACAAAUGUGGACCUGAGAGGGAAUUCGUUUAACUGCGACUGUAAACUGAAGUGGCUGGUGGAAUGGCUAGGCCACACCAACGCAACUGUCGAGGACAUCUACUGUGAAGGACCCCCAGAAUAUAAGAAGCGCAAAAUCAAUAGUCUCUCCUCCAAGGAUUUUGAUUGCAUCAUCACAGAAUUUGCAAAGUCUCAGGACCUGCCUUAUCAAUCACUGUCCAUAGACACUUUUUCUUAUAUGAAUGAUGAGUAUGUAGUCAUCGCUCAGCCUUUUACUGGAAAAUGCAUUUUCCUUGAAUGGGACCAUGUAGAAAAGACCUUCCGGAAUUAUGACAACAUUACAGGCACGUCCACUGUAGUGUGCAAGCCUAUAGUCAUUGAAACUCAGCUCUAUGUUAUUGUGGCGCAGCUAUUUGGCGGUUCUCACAUCUAUAAGCGCGACAGUUUUGCAAAUAAAUUCAUAAAAAUCCAGGAUAUUGAAAUUCUCAAAAUCCGAAAACCCAAUGACAUUGAAACAUUCAAGAUUGAAAACAACUGGUACUUUGUUGUUGCUGACAGUUCAAAAGCUGGUUUUACUACCAUUUACAAAUGGAAUGGAAAUGGAUUCUACUCCCAUCAAUCCUUACAUGCUUGGUACAGGGACACUGAUGUGGAAUAUCUAGAAAUAGCCAGAAUGCCUCAGACACUCAGAACACCUCAUUUAAUCCUGUCCAGUAGUUCCCAGCGUCCUGUAAUUUAUCAGUGGAACAAAGCAACACAGUUAUUCAUUAACCAGACUGACAUCCCUAACAUGGAGGAUGUAUACGCCGUUAAGCACUUCUCAGUGAAAGGUGACGUGUACAUAUGCUUGACAAGAUUCAUUGGUGAUUCCAAAGUAAUGAAAUGGGGAGGCUCCUCAUUUCAGGAUAUUCAGAGGAUGCCAUCACGAGGAUCCAUGGUGUUCCAGCCUCUUCAGAUAAAUAACUAUCAAUAUGCAAUUCUUGGAAGUGAUUACUCCUUCACUCAAGUAUAUAACUGGGAUGCAGAGAAAGCCAAAUUUGUGAAAUUUCAGGAAUUAAAUGUUCAGGCACCAAGAUCAUUCACACAUGUGUCCAUUAAUAAGCGUAAUUUUCUUUUUGCUUCCAGUUUUAAGGGGAAUACACAGAUUUACAAACAUGUCAUAGUUGACUUAAGCGCAUGACACACCAAACGCUGUGGCCGCCGUCAGAAACUUUCUCCAGCACGCGAUCCGGAUGAACUCAAUGCAUGACGACUCUCCUUAUCACACUUGCAAACGAAUGCCUUUCAAACCUUGAGACUGCUAGUACCAAGCACUACCAGUAUCUCCAUCC